AUGUGUGAUGCAGAAGAUGAACUUACGAUUCCGCGGGCGUCAAUCAAUAAGAUGAUGAAAGAAAUGCUCCCGAACGUCCGAGUUUCGAAUGAAGCCAAAGAACUUGUCAUGAAUUGCUGCACGGAGUUCGUCCAUGUAAUAGCUUCUCGUGCCAAUGAAGUAUGCAACCAGAACCAGAAAAAGACGAUCAUGCCUGAUCACGUGUUGGGAGCUUUGAAUGAGGCUGGCUUUGGUGAUUUCGUUAAUGAAGCUAAAGAAGUUUUGAAAGGUUGCAAAGAAAUGCAAGCGCAACGAAGGAAACAUUCUACCCGUCUGGAGAAUUUGGGCAUUCCCGAAGAAGAACUUCUGCGUCAACAGCAGGAACUUUUUGCUAAAGCUCGAGAGGAGCAACUCCAGGUCGAAACGCAACAGUGGCAGCAAAUUCAAGCAGAAGUUCAAAAGAAAUUAGAAGAGGAAAAUCGGGGUAGUACUUCGACAGCAGUUGUGGACGAGGACGACGAUUAUUCGUGAUCGUGAACCAUUCUUAUUGAUUCUUUUACUCCUUGCGUUCUAUACCAAUUGAUAAAGCUGAUUCAUUUUACAAGAAA